GGUGUCUGCUGGGCCUCGACGGUCCUUUCAUAUUCUAUCUGCAACUGCAGCAGCUGAAGUUAGGGGAACGAUAGAGAGGGGGGCAUGCUUCGUAAUUUCAGGACAAGUAUUCUUAAGCUUAGGAUGAUCACUAAUGACGCCACGAAGUUGGUUCUCUCCCCUCUUCCGCUCACUAUAGCAUCGCCCACUCCCUCUGCUAACUUGCGCCCUUUCUGCACCAUGAGCACCAACUACGAUCCUCAGCUCGACCGCAUCUUUGAUGCAAAGCGGUCUUUCCGAACCCAAAUGCGCAGAGAACUGAAGAACAUGGACCCUAUUCUGAGAUCUCGAGAAGAUGAUGCUAUUCAGAGGGUUGUUUUAGAAGCUCCGUGGUUCAAGAACAGUAGCAAUACAUGUGCUUAUAUAAGUUCUAAUGCCUUACGAGAAGUAGAUACCUCAAAAAUUGUUUCAGAAAUCUUAUCUAACCCCACGACAGAGGGUCAUGUACAGAUCAAGAAAAAGCUUUAUGUGCCACGGGUAGAGGAUAGAAAUAGCAACAUGAGAAUGCUAAGGAUAUCAAGUAUUGAUGAUCUGGUCCUGAACUCAAUGAACAUUUUGGAGCCAACCUUAGUAGAUUGCAAUGGAAAUCCUCGUGAAGAUGUUAUGCAGGCAACUGACCCAGUCGACUUGAUCAUCCUUCCAGGCCUUGCAUUUGAUAGAUCAGGAAGACGGUUGGGCCGCAGUGGUGGUUACUAUGACAUGUUCCUGACGAAAUACAAAGAGCUUGUUAAGAAGCAAAAUUGGAAACAGCCACUUCUAGUUGCACUGUCAUACUCAAUACAAAUAGCGGAAAAUGAAAAAAUAGCUGUCACUCCUUAUGACGUUCACGUUGAUGCUCUGGUAUCCCCAUCUGGCGUCAUCCCAAUCAGUCCACUUGCUUUCAAGGAGUGUCACUGAGUGCAAUUCUUUGUUUCCGCACCUUGUAUGGCAAAAUUGUUGCCUAUAUCUCUUAAGAAGCCUACUUGUUCUAGUAUUAGCAUAGAGAAUUGAUUAAAAUCUCCUCAAUAAUUUAUUAAACGGUAACCAGUAAAAGUUCUGGGCAUUCCAUUAAUUUUGCCCAAAAAUCGACCUUUUUUUCCCUUGAUGAAAAAUGCAUGGCAUUUUCCCCC